AUGGUCCGCAAGCUCAAGCACGCGGAACAGAAGCUCCUUCGGAAGACCGACUUCAUCAACUACAAGUCGGACAACAAGCACAGAGAUCAUGAUGUCGCCAGACGGUACAUGAUUCAGAAGCCUGAGGACUAUCACAAGUACAACAGGAUGUGCGGUUCCCUCCGCCAACUCGCCCAUCGCCUCAGUUUGCUUCCCCCAGACAACGAGGUGAGGCGAAAGCACGAGGAGCUUUUGCUCGACAAGCUUUACGACAUGGGCAUUCUUUCGUCCAAGUCCAAGCUGUCGCAGGUGGAGCACCAGGUCACAGUCUCGGCCUUUGCCAGGAGGCGACUACCCGUUGUUAUGACCAGACUUCGUAUGGCCGAGACCGUACAAGCAGCAACCAAGAUGAUCGAACAGGGUCACGUCCGUGUCGGUGUCGAGGAGGUCCGUGAUCCUGCUUUCUUGGUGACGAGGAGUAUGGAGGACUUCGUCACUUGGUCUGUCGGCAGCAAGAUCAAGCAGAACAUCAUGAAGUACCGCGACAAGCUGGACGAUUUCGAGCUUCUCUAA